AUGUACUUUGAACAGUCUGGUAUGUCAACAAGAAUAAGGCUGAUGGAAAACAUGAAAACAUUCUUUAAUGGUGAAGAUAAGUCGGACGAUAGAAAACUAAGCCCACGCCUAAAGAAAAAAAAAGAAAAGGCUAAGGCUAAAACUAAGGCUAAGACUAAGGCUAAGACUAAGGCUAAGACUAAGGCUAAGGCUAAGACUAAGGCUAAGACUAAGGCUAAGGCUAAGGCUAAGGCUAAGGCUAAGGCUAAGGCUAAGGCUAAGGCUAAGGCUAAGGCUAAGGCUAAGGCUAAGGCUAAGACUAAGGCUAAGGCUAAGGCUAAGUUCAAGAAUAACCUAACCUGCAACCUAACUUCAAAAUUAAACUUAGGCCUAAGCUUAAACCUAAGCUUCAGCGACAGUCAUGUCAAAAUCCCAGUCCAAGCCCAAGCCGAUGGCCAAGCCAAAGUUUAA